CAAUUUUAUAACUCUUUAAUCACACCAACACUUGUAUCUUCAAUCCUUUUUGCCAAUAUAUUUGAGUAUUUACUUAGGUUUUGUCCCUAAAUUGUGUAAUUUCUUGAGUUAGAAUCUCUUGUUUGUUAAUAUUUCAGAUUAGAAGAACGUCAAUUUUUUUUUUCUGUAUUUGUCUGUUCAAUAUUUGCCCGCAUAUUAAAAGAUAAUGCAUUUUUUUGUUAAGUAUUCGAGAUAAAUUGUUAAAGUGAAACAAAGAUGUUCCUAUUCGAUUAUUGGUUUUGAUUUUGAACCAUAAAUUUGAAAAUAAUUCCAAAUUCCAUCCAAUUUUGAAUGGGUUGGGGGUGUGAUGUUAAUUAGAAGACUAAUAUGGGUUUCACCUAGAUCAACCCACCCAAAUAGUUGGUUUCAACUUGGGCUACAUUAUGUGCAACAACAGACCCAGUGUAAUUACACAAGUGGUGUCUGGGGAGGGUAGGAUAUAUGCAGACCUUACCCCGCUGCCUUUGUGGGGGGUAGAGAGACUGUUUCCAAUAGACCUCAGCUCAAACUGAAUUAUGUGCUACUUAAUUGUUUCUGGUGCUCCUAGACUGUUACAGUUGAUAUCAUUUCUAUCCUAGACAUUUUAGGUUCUUGUUAGGGUAAAAGAUUGGUCUGAUAUAGCCCGCAAGGGUGGCUCAGUUGGUUGAGCAUGGGACUUCCUUAGUAGAGGUCUCAGGUUCGAAACCCCCUGCCUACAACAGCAGGGAUUUGCCUUCUGGGUCGAGCUCGUCGCACAGAGCUUGCCUAGUGCAGGUUGUCUCUCCUGUGUGGUUUGUGGGCUAUUGCACAGGAGCGGGGUUUACCUUGUGCGCACCCGAAGGAUAGCGGCUGCGGGUUCCCUUAUCAUAAAAAAAAGAAGAAGAUUGGUCUGAUAUAUUCACCUUUUUCCUUUUGCUCACUUGUAAAUACGGUUUCAGUACAACUCAUCUACUGUUUUGCUAAUAUAUACUUACUGUUACCCUCUAAAAACAAAAAAAGAACAAAAUAAUUUUAUAAUAUUGAACUUGGAAAUAUUUUUUACUUUGUUGUUAAUAAAUAACCUUUUUUGCAACUCAAUAAUCUAUUUAAGUUGCCCUUGCCUCUCCCUCCCUCCCCCACUACGCUAAAAAAAUUGGAAAAGAGGAAAAAAAAAAAAAAAAAGCAAAUGGAUAAGUGUUCUGUGUUGGACAGGUCGGUUAUGAGUGUGUGAUCCACUCCUCAUCCGUUUUGACAACAUCACUUGAACCCAAACAAAUUUGUGAUAGGUUGAAUCAUCCAUUUAUACAACCCAUUUUAAACCAUCCAUUUAAGAAACUCCCUUUCCUCGCCCCGUGAUUAGAAUAUUUUGUGUUAAUAAGGAGGACUUUAUUAGCUGCUUUACGGUCUAAUAGAUAUUAGGUUCUACAAUAUUAUUUUAUUAGACAGGAGUGCAUUCUUGUUUGAACUUUGCUGCACCUACUUUCAGCCCUUUUUCUAUUUGCUCAUGGUAGUUUUCAACUUUUGAUCAUAUUAUUCUGCACUCAAUUAUUCAUUUUCUAGAAGCUACUUUAUGCAAAACUCAGAGUUUUGUAACAAGACAAAGUGUCACAGCAUUGAUGAAAGCAUACGUAACAUGAUAUGUAUGUCCACACAGUUGCACAUAUUUGAUAAGCGGAUAGAUUAUAUGCUUGUUAAAUAGACCAAAGCAUGAUACUUUUGCCUUCUAGUCUCUACGUUUUCAAAGUUGGUCAAUAGAUCAGUAAUUAGGAACCCUCAUCAUUGAUGAUUACUUGGAGCACUUUUUAAUUUGUCUAUUUGAGCCUGAAUGUUUGUAGUGCAUAGACAAUGGGUCUCGUGAUAAAACCUGUGUUAACAGGACCUGCUGUAACAACAUUCUGUUAAUUUUGCUUUGCUGUGUUCCGCCUUUGGUUCAUUCUUGAUUUUCCUCACCCCCUCUCUCCCCCUCUAUCUUUCUCCCAUGUCUUUCCUUUUCAGUAGGAAAAAGCUGUUUAAAAAAUGGGGGAGGAUGAUGAUUACCGCUGUUUCAUUGGUAACUUGUCAUGGUCAACAUCAGAUCGAGGGCUAAAAUACGCAUUUAGGAAGUUUGGCAAUCUUCUUGACGCAAAGGUUGUAGUUGACAAGUUCUCUGGCCGAUCUAAAGGAUUUGGUUUUGUUACAUUUGAUGAAAAGAAAGCAAUGGAAGAAGCCAUUGAAGCGAUGAAUGGGAUGGAUUUGGAUGGCCGUCCUAUUACUGUGGACAAAGCCCAGCCUCAACAAAGUUCAGGUAGAGAUUAUGAUAGUGAUCGGCCCCGUGACCGAGAUCGAGGUCGCGAUCGCAGUAAUCGUGAAUAUGGAGGUGGGCGGGGAUCUGGUGGCGGAGAGUGCUUUAAGUGUGGCAAGCCUGGACACUUUGCUAGAGAAUGCCCCAGUGAAGGAGGUCGGGGUGGUCGGUAUGGCGGCAGAGAUGAUAGGUAUGGUGGUGGCGGCGGCAGAAAUGAUAGGUAUGGUGGUAGCGGCAGCAGAGAUGAUAGGUAUGGUGGUGGCGGCAAAUAUGAUAGGUAUGGUGGUGGCGGAGGUGGUGGUUCUAGAGGUAGUGGCCACUAUGGACCUGAUAGAAACGGAGAUCGCUUUGGAAGCCGCAGCAGCAGGGAUGAUGGUGGACAUGGGGGAGGUGAACGAUAUAACCGUGAUCGUUCAGGGCCAUACGAUCGUCGGGGUUCUGGCUCUCGCGCUGGUUAAUGCAUUAAGGUGCACUGAAGAGCUAGGCCCAACCAAGCUGGGUGCGGAUGGUUUGAAGCAUGUCCGAUGGCAUCUUGUUUCCUUGACGUGUGGGCAGAAGUGGAUCAAUCUUUUGAACUCAUGAAACCUGGCACUUUAAUCUACUCUUCUAUGUCCCUAAAAUAUCAAUAGUGCGUGCUUAAUUUGCGAUUUUGAAUGUGGUCUCACACUUUUGAAUGCUACUAUGGCUGCUGGUUAUUUGCUUUGUUGGCUUGGCUAGUAGAAUACUGUUGUUUGCUGCUGCAAUCCUAAUGGUCUCUUGCGUUCGCAAUUGCACCUCCGAAAUUUUGUGGUGGUAGAUGGGUCUGAUGAAUUGCCAAAAAUCUGUACUGGUGAUAAAAUUUCUGCGGUACAUAAGCGUGUUCAUGUCAAAUUGGGAAGCGAGGGUGAAUUAGAAGUGGUUUUCUUUUGUGUUCUCUUAGAAUCUCUAAACAGUUAAUGGGAGUUAAAACGGGCUGCCUGUGUUCAAAUGGCCUUUUGUGGGUACAUGAUUUGGUCUCUUUGCUAGUUUGGUGCAUUUAAACAUAAUUAAUUUGAGAAAGCAUUUUGGACAGCGACAAUCCUUCUGCAAGUUAUUACACCACUAAUUGCUCUUGAGUUCGGCAAGGAUUGCUGGAGGAUGACUUAAGUUUCCUCUUAGAUGGCAAGUUGUUAGAUACUCUUGAGUUCAGCCACAGAGGUCCAUUAAGUUUGUUCUGGUUCUGAUGUUGCUCCUACAUGGAGAUGGUUCUUGUUCUUGUUCGUAGUCGUGGCUCCCACAUUUGAAAUCCAGAUGAGUGUCUUUUUGUUUCAAGUCAGGCUUCAUUUCCUUAUCAGCUUGUGGUUCUUGGUUUCUCUUCGGUAGGUGGUUCUGCUUUUUCGUUACUCCUACUUGCUUAUUUGAAUAUUCAGUACUCGUUUUCUUUUUUCUGGGCGUGGUGGGUCACCGGGUUGGAAGGUGGACUGCACUCUGGCUUAGUUACUCCUUUCUAGAAACAUUAUUGAAAUCUAUUUUAGAGACGCUACUGACUGCACACAGCUGUAUUUUCAAAAUUGUGGGUUCAGAUUUCAUAUUUAUUGAAAUUUGAGUAUUUUUUUCAAA